UGUGUGUUCGAGCGCGUCCGGGCGGAGGCAGCAGGACACUCUGACCGGACACCACACACACACACACACACACAUACACACGCGCUCACACACCGCGACGCACCGCGCCGUCCGGACGCACCGCCGCAGAGUCAGGAUGGACUCACACGGGAUGAGCAGCUCCCCGGACGUCAGGGCGCAGCGGGGCUACGUCAUGCAGCCGGGUCCCAGAGGCGGCAGCCAGGACAACCUGUUUGGAGUGAGGGUGCAGGUUCAAGGGAUCAAAGGUCAACCCUUUGUGGUUCUGAACAGCAGCGGCCAAGAGAGCCACAGGGACAUUUCUGUCAUCACCCACCAGGCGGGGUACAACCCGGGUGUGGUGAGGAGGUCAGUGGAUGACAGAUGCUCCUCGCUGGACACACGGAGGACCGUCAACUCCUCCGUGUUUCAUUAUCAGAAGCACCCAGAGAUCCUGAGGCCUUAUGACCCCGAGAGCAACAACCUGAAUCUGGUUGUCCAAACCGCUGGACAGCAGCGCAGUGGGCCUCCACCCGGGACGAAUGUGAUCAAACCCCGGAUCCCUCUGCCUGCCGAGGGCCCAGGAGGAGAUCCACACGAGGUGACCCAAAGCAAGGUUCCCAACUCAGGUGCACAAAUCCCCACAAAGUCCCCAAACCUGGUGGACACCGACUCCAUCGUGUCUGUGGGACGACUGAUCAGCCAGUUCAACAACAGCCAGCGGAGGGGACGAGGCCCCAGACACAGACUGGACUCUCAGGCCUGCCACCGGUCGCGCAGCGUGGACAGCGGUCGAGUCUCGGACUCGUCCUCGUCUUCCUCCGCAUCGAGCAGGGCCUCGUCUCUGAGGGGAGUCAGAGGAGAGACCCCCGACGGGAUUUACCCUCCAGGUUCAGCCAGAGCUCGACUCCUCAGCGAUAACACUUUGGUACACAAGAGGGAGGAAAACAAGCCGACGACACUUUAUAAAGACCAUCAUGACAAAGAAGCAGCACUUCAUCAUGCAUCUAAGCAGCCUCUCUCAGCAGGAAAACCUUCCAUCUCCGUGUUAUCUAUCGACCAAACUGAUGAAUCCGAUGACAGAGACAUUCUGGUCACUCCUGAUCUUCUGAAAGGACAGCAAGAGCUUUCAGCGGAUCCACCCCAAGAAGCAACUCAACAGAUUCUGUUUACAUACCUGAAGGACGGGACGACCGAUGACGACUCCACCACCCAAAGAAAAGUCAACCUGCUGCUCGGACGGAUCGAGAAGCUCAAGUGGAAGACAGCUGAGAAUGUGGAGGAGGAGGAGAAAGAGAUGAAGCUCCUGGAACAGAACCAGGCCACGCUGGAGAAAGAGUUAUCUGAACUAAAGGAGAAACUGGAAACUAAGAUGAAGAAUGAAAUGACUCUAGCCAAAGCCUGUGAGAAGGCGAGGACGGAGAAGAAGAAACUCCAGGAAGAACUUUCCAAAAGUCAGGAAGAGCUCUGCAAACUCAGGGAGAAACUGGCUGUAAUUGAGGCAGAACUCCAGUCUACAAAACAGCAGCUGACUCAGAUGAAGGCCGAGAAAGAAAGAUCAAAGGCGGAGAUGAAAGAUCUCCAGCAUCAGCUCUCCGAGAUGCAUGAUGAGUUGGACCAUGCCCAGAGGGCAGAGGCGAUAAAUGCGCAGAAAGAGAUCCUCCUGCAGGAUCUGGCACAGCUCCGCCUGGACUUCCAGGAGAUGCUGCAGGUGAAGGAGGAGCAGGAGGAAGUGCUGCGCCACAGGGAGCGGGAGCUGGGCGCCCUGAAGGGGGCCCUUAAAGAGGAGGUGGAGACUCACGAUAAAUACUUGGCUGCUCUGAAGGACGAGUUUGAAGAGGAGCUGGAGAAGCUGCUCAGGGAUCUGGAUCAGGUCAAAGAGAGUAAUGCUCAGCUGGGUCAGGCCAAGGUGGAGGCAGAGGAGAAGAGCGGAGCCACUAAGAUGCAGCUGAAGGAGCUGAGCCAAGAGAGAGAUCAACUGAGAGGGAAAGUUCAGGAGCUGAACAACAAGGUGGAUCAGCUGAAUCAGACCAUUCAGGACUGCAGGACGACCGAGCGGCUGAUGGAGCAGAGAGCGAAGCAGCUGGAGAGGGAAAAGCAGCAGGUGGAGGAGACGCUGAACGACGUGAGGAGGAAUGAGGAGGAGAUGUGUCAGUCUAAUCAGUCACUGCUCACUCGCUUGGAGGACGUGCAGGGGAAGCUCACCAAACUCAACCACGAGCACAGGGAGCUGAAAGAGAAGCUCAAGGAUGAGAGGAAGCAAAUUGAGGAGCUGUGGAAGGCGAAGACCGACCUGGAGGAUGAGCGGCGGCUGCAGGACCGGGCCGUGGAGCAGCUGCAGAGGAAGAUGAACAGCAUCAUGGAGGAGUGCGAGGCGUCUACAGAUGUGCUUCAGAACCAGGUCGACGAGGCCAAAGAGAGGAGUCAGAGGGAGUUGGCCGAGCUGCGCAGGCAGCUGCAGGAAAAGGGAGCCGAGCUGGAGAAAUCCAGACAGGCUGCCAAAAAGCUUCAGGAAGAGCUGCUUCCUCUGGAGGAGGAUUUGCAGCGGAGUCGCAGGGAGCAGCAGGAGGCCCAGCAGAGGGGCCGGCAGCUGGAGCAGAGGGUGGGGGAGCUGCAGGACAGGAACGCCGCCGCCGUGGAGGACCGAGAGCGGCAGGUCAAACUCAUGGAGGGGCGGAUCAGUCAGCUGGAAGAAGACCUGAACGAUGAGCGCAGCAGCGCCGACCGGCUGAUGGAGCGGUUAGAUAAAACCAAAGAGCAGCUGGAUCAGAUGAGGAGCGAGCUGAUGCAGGAGAGAGCGGUCAGGCAGGACCUCGAGUGUGACAAGACCAGCCUGGAGAGACAGAAUAAAGAUCUCCGGAGCAGAGUGACUCAUCUGGAGGCAUCCCAGAAGACGAACCAGGACUCGCUGGUCUCCAAACUCAACAGUCGCAUCCAGGAACUGGAAGAGAGGCUCCAAGCAGAAGAGAAGGACAACAACAGCCUGCAACAGGUGAACCGCAAGCUGGAGCGCAAGGUGAAGGAGAUGAAGAUGCAGUCGGACGAGGAACACGUCAACCUGCGGAGCCAGACGGAGCAGCUGACUCAGAGGCUGAAGACGGCGAAGAGGCAGAUGGACGAGGCGGAGGAGGAGAUCGAGCGUCUGGAGCACGCCAAGAAGAAGCUGCAGAGGGAAGUGGACGAGCAGAUCGAGGCCAACGAGCAGCUCCACGGCCAACUGAGCGCGCUUCGGAACGAGAUGAGGCGUAGGAAGAAAUCGCCUCCUCUCAUUAAGGUUGUGGAGAACGACACCAACGACUUGGACGACUUUGGCUCUGACUGAUCAACCAAACUGUGAUUUUCAAAAAAAAAAAAAAAACUGGAAGAACAUUUCUGGACUCGGUUGAGAAAUUUUGGACUCAUCAUGAACAUUUAACUCCAUAAUUCACUCAAUAA